UCGGAAUUUCCAGCGUUGUUUCCGAAAUUCAAGGGGUCCAGAGUGUCAAAACAUUGAACAUUAUUCUGGGAACAACGGCAUAUUGGAACGUGUGCUUACUUGCUAAAUUUUUCUGCCGGAAUUGCUAUUUCCGAGUACAACGUAUUACGCAUUCCCACAUGGAAUCAUAUUGAUGAAUGAAAAAAAUCCGCCUACACGAGACAAAAUAUUAUCACAUAUUUAGACACCUGUAUCUCGAAUGUUAUAAACUUAUGUAUUAUGUCCGGCCAGGAUCAAGAUGUGUACUAUAUUUUACUUGUCCGAAAGAUAGGUAGAAAGAAAGAACGGUCAAUAUUAAGACCAUCUAAUUCAGAAGUUGAAGUUUUGCCAGGAAGUUUAUUGGUUCAUAUUGAAGAAAUCAACAAACACGGACAACUAGUUUGGAUUUUGGAACUGUUGGAACCCGACAGUACUGAAGUGGAGUGUUGUCUUGAUGAAAUACAACAAUUAAAACAUCAGGAGCGAUACUUACUACAACCUAUACCAGUUUUAAGUGAACGAGUGACAGUUUUUCAUGACAAAACUUGGCUAAAUGAGGGAGUGACACUUAGUGUAGGGGAUCCGGUUAUAGUAUCUCUCAAAGGCAAUCCGGACUUAGCUGGUAUACUGAGAUACAAAGGGGGACUGAAAGAUAAUACUGGUAUUCAGUUUGGUGUAGAACUCUCAAGGGAAAAUCGGGGUAAAGGAACAUGUGAUGGCGUGUUUCGUAAAAAACGAUAUUUUACGACAGAUCUGAAUUCUGCAGUGUUUGUACCGUUAAGUAAGAUUCGAAGAGACUUAACCAAACCAGCUAGCCAUGGAGGGACAGGAGGAGCUACUGGUUUUACAAAUGAACAGCAGACUUUUUCUGAAUAUCUUGAUUUACGUGAAAAAGACCGUGUGGUAUGGAUGAGUGACAGUGGGCCUGAAUAUGGUGUUGUUAAAUGGAUAGGAAUUUUACCCGACUCUCGUCAUAAGGAAGUCACUGUUGGUGUUGAAUUUGAUAAUCCUGUGGGUUCGGGAACCGGUAAAUAUAAAAAUUCUCGUCUUUUCUACGCAAAACCACAACAUGCUUCUUUAGUACCCAUCAUGGGCCUUAUGAAAGCUGAUGAUGUCACUGCCAUGAGUACGGAAUUUUUGCCGUCUGAACCAGUCAAACGUGAAUCUCUAGAACAACCAGGGAGUGGGGGCAGGAAAAGGGGACAAGAGUCCAUCGUCCCUAAUGCUGACCCUGACCUCGAAGUAGGGUCGUUGGUGGAGGUCAUGAAUAAUCCUCCAUUGUAUGGGGUCAUCAAAUGGACUGGCUUUCUUCCUGAUCAGAAGAAACCUCUUAAAAAAAUUGCUGGACUGGAAAUGGAAGAAGAAAUAUCUGCAGGAACGGACGGUACAUUUGGUCAGUAUCGUAUGUUUACCUGUGCGCCUAGGAAAGCUUUCUUUGUUCCAUUGUACAAGUGUAGAAAGGACAAGCGUUUUGUGGAAAGCAAGAUGUCAUUAGAAGAUGCAUUGGGUAAAAAUAACUUUGGAGCAAUGGAAACUCCAGAUGUUCCAGGAAAUAUAUCUCCGCCUGAUUCCUUGGAUUUAUUGGAUAUCCGGCGUAAAGUUUGUGGUAAAGAAAAGGGCAUUCAAGGUCAUCAUAACUCUUGUUACUUAGACGCUACAUUGUUGGCAAUGUUCUACUUCACGACAGUGUUUGACGGUAUUUUGUAUAGGCCUAAACGCAGUGAUGACCUUCAGGAAUAUGAAGAGGUUAAGCAAGUUAUUAAGGAAGGCAUUGUGAACCCACUUAGAAGAUACCAUUAUGUACGAGCAGACAAAGUGAUGCGGUUACGACAACUGCUACAUAAAUUAGGAAAUAUACCAGGAAUGAUGAGUGAAGAGAAAGAUCCGGAAGAGUUUAUGGGUUUGUUAUUGAAUCAGAUUACCAAGGCAGACCCUCUACUACAUAUAAGGUCAGAGGGAGGCCAAGAAGUUCAGCACUCGUUCCUUUACCAGCUAAUUAUGGAGAAAGAUGAACGCCUUGUGCUGCCAACAACACAGCAGCUGUUUGAAUUGUCCUUCUUACAAAUGGGUGUCAAAUUACAAGAGCGGCCAUCAUGUCUGAUCAUACAGAUGCCGAGGUUUGGUAAAGAUUAUAAGAUGUACAACAGGAUUGUUCCCAGUCUAGAGCUUGAUAUCUCGGAUGUCCUGGAUUGUGCCCCACGGGAGUGUAUAAUCUGUGGUGAUCUGGCCAUGUUUGAAUGCAAGGACUGCUACAACACACAUGGAGCUGGCCUGAAUACGAUUGCCUUUUGUGAAGGCUGUAAACAAAUGAGUCAUAUGCAUAAAUUACGACAACAUCACAAGCCUCGGCAAAUCUCUGUUCCACAAGAAUAUCGUGAGAGACACCAACACCAGAAAAAUGUUACAGGACAAAACCCUUCAAUACCUCGAGAGAAAAUGGAACUUUUUGCAGUAGUUUGUAUACAAACAAGUCAUUAUGUGUCUUUUGUGAAGUGUGGCAAGGGCAAAAGUGCCCCAUGGCUCUUCUUUGACUCCAUGGCAGAUAGAAUGGGCGAGCAAAGUGGUUAUAAUAUACCAGAAGUAAAAUUGUGUCAGGACUUGUCACAGUGGUUGUCGGAUGAUUACCAGUCAGAGAUAAUGCGACAAGACGAUAAGGACCUCCCAGAACACAUGCGCAGACUCUUGUGUGAUGCCUAUAUGUGCAUGUACCAAAAUCCUGAAGUAUCUAUGUUCAAGUAAACAAAGAGUUUUUGAAAUUAUUUACUCAACUGGCCCGAGAUACUAUGGCGUCCGACCUCCGUCGUCAUUUGUCAGUGAACUUCUACCAAAUGCUGCCAAUCAUGAACAACUGAGGUGAUUUUGACCAAAUUUGGUCAGAAGAAUCCUGAAGGAAGGACACAUAUGUAGUAAAAAAGGGGUCAGAGGGGUGUAGCCAAAUAGGUUGGAUUUUGUCCAAACUUUGUAAAACGAUGGGUCUCCAACCCAAAGGUAGGACUUGGCCUCCUAGGGCAGGAGGGAUGGGGCUCAAGAGGGGAAUUGGGUUCUAUCAUGGCGCAUCUCUAGGCACAUAAUUUCUGGGUCAUAUCUUUGAAACAGUUGAGAUCCCCACCCCAUUACCAUAUAUAACUUUCCUGGGCAUAAAUAGUUUAACACAAUUUUGAUGUAAGAAUUUGCUCUGGGGUCUUGACCCACCCACAGGGACUAAGGUUCCUUGUUAUGUCUUUGAAGCAGUUUAGAUCGCAAAUCCAUAACCAUAUAUAGCAAUGUUGGACAUCAAGAGAUAAGAACUUGGCUGUGGGUCCCUCUCUUUGGACUUAAUUUUUGGGUUAUACCUUUGAAACAGUUGAAAUUCCAACCCAAUAUCCAUAUAUACAAUUGCUUGGCAUCAAGAGUUAAACACAUUUGUCAUGGUAAGAAUUCACCUGUGGGUAUGGUGCAUCUCUAGGCGCAUAAUUUCUGGGUCAUAUUUUUGAAACAGUUGAGAUCUCAAGCCUAUGACCAUAUAAACUAUUAAUGGGCAUCAACAGAGAAAGACAGUCAUGAUAAAGGAAUUCAUUCAUUGGUCUAUCAAAGAGGUCAAGUGACUGAGCUGUAAUUUGAAAGUAUUUGAAAUGCCCAACCUACAGGCAUGUGUACCAUUGCUGGGCUUUAGCAUCCAGGUGAGCGAUACCGGUCCUAUUGGCCACUUGUUUCAUGUUUGAACUUCUCAUGAUAUCUGUUAGAAAUAUAUGAAUUUAUUAUUGAUGUAAGCAGUGUUUGAAGGCCGUCAUUGUCACAUCAUCUUUAUGAGUUUCUGGAACACCAAUAAAUUUAUCACAGAGUUGAGUUAGAAUUUACUAUGACCCAAUAUAUCUUCUAUGACCCAACAUUUAGAAUUUACUAUAACCUAACAGUUAGUGUAGUUAUAUAUAUUAUCAGCUCUACACUUGAGAAACUAUUUAUUACGGAUUUUUCUAUGUAAGGAAACUUCUAUAUAUCACAGAGUCUGAUUUUAAAAGAUAUCAUAUAACCGGUUUUUGUAUAUACUUGCUCUCCAGCCUUUCGUUUCAAUCUAGGACAACCUGAACAUUUUCAUUUUGUAAUCCAAAGAACUAUUUACUCAGCCAGAAGAGGCAUAACGUUUUAUAUUCAGAGAGUCAUUUGUGUUUAUUUAAAUUUGAUUGAUAUGUUAAACAAAAGAUUGUUAAUACUUACUAGAUCAUUUAAACCACUAAUGAAAGAUGUUUUUCAACGUAACAUGAAUGUUUUUUAUGCUGGUGUCUAAUUCUGGAAAGAAGCAAACAUUCAGAUAUGUAAAACAACCUAACCUUGUCAUGACAAAAUUGUCACAGAAUGGUUGAUGAAACUUUUGGUUCAAUCAUUGAUGAUAAUUACUAGACGUGAAUAAACAAUUUUUGAUAUUCUCUUUUCAAACUAGAGCUAGCUUUCCAAAUGCUUUAGAAUGUAGCCAUGAAAAUUUCUGAUCCAGUUGUGAGGUUGUAUGUUGGUUGGUUAGAGGUUUUCCAUUUCUUUGACUCGUCCUAUUUGUCCAUAUACUAUCUAUAUGUACAAAGAUUAUUUCAUUAGAUUUUACCUGUACUCCGGACUUACUGGGUGUACCUGUGGACUACAAGAGGUAGGUAUAAGUCCAAUUCCAUGAUACGCCAGGAUGAAAGACAGCAUCUUCUUUUAUAUAUAGGAACUUUUUAUUAGCGAAGAGAAAAUUAUGAAAUAUUGCCACAAAUAAUAUUAGAUGCAUAGUAACGUAAAAUAAGUUAAUAACGUGAGCAUUAAAGGGGAUUUAUCUGCCCUUAGUUUUUGUCCAUCAGUAGGGAACCCUACACAGCGUAUUUUAGGGGUGAGAAAACCGUUCAAAAUUGUUCUGAUGAAGCCUCGACUGAGGAGGCAAAACUAGUCAGCAAUAAAGGUAAGCAUGAUACUUUACUGGUGAUGCAUGAACUUUUUGCGAUUGACUCUUCAUAUAUUUUAUUUAGAAUAUUUCAUAUAAUAUAAAACAAUGUUUGAAAAGGAAGCAAAAAGAUGUAAUCAAAGUCGUAUUGUAGACAAUACUAACAGCAAAGCAAGGGAUGGGAUGAAAAAACGUCAAGUUCAGGGAAAAUUAUUCAAUAUCUUGUUUUAAAGUAAAAGUUAUGUCAGUUAUUUGUUGGGCCAAACCAUCCUCUCAACUUUUGAUGUACGCGUGAAGGAUUGUGGGUUGUAAUUUUAGAAUUGUGAAACGUUGCUUAUGCUGUGUAUAGAGACUGCUACUCUUUGUAGCUCUUUGUCCUAUUUGGACUGUUCAAAUCAAGACAUAUAUACCAUUUAUAUUCAUGCUGCUUUUCAGCAACUUUACACACUGAAGAUUUUUAUUGUGUGAGAAUGAUGUCAGUUUAAAUGUAUGAUGUAUGCUCAAAGUUCUUGUGUUGAAAGUAAAUAGCAUAACACUGAACUGAUAGAAAUUCAUUCAGAAAACCUCAGGACAUACAGAGAUAUACAUAUAGUGUUAAACUUGGUGUAUUUAUGACAUAAUAGAGAAAAGAAUACAAGAUAAAUGUUUUAAUUUUUGUUAAUCCUCGAGUGAUUGUUUUAUCUAACAUUUUGGUUAAUGUUAUGACAUAAGAUAAUGUUGAAUUUAUUUUUCAAUGUAGAUGUAAGGAUAUUAAAUUUGUACCUAGAUAAUGUGUAAUUAGAUGAAAACUUUUAUUUUCAUGUAUAUUUAUCAAAAACCUCCUAAGAAUAUUUAACAAAACAAUAUUAAUAAAUACAAACAAUGACAUAAUUGUUAUUAUGAGAUAGUACAAAAGAUACGAAUGUGAAUAACACCUUUUAAUUCAAGAUUUAGAUGUGUUAGAACCAAAUCUUAUCAUAGAGCUGUCCUUCUAGGACUCGUUGGAGUCAAGGUGACUGAGAAAAUUCAAAAUGACCUAAGAAAAGUCAAUAUUUAGCCCCAUGAAACAGUAAAUUUUAUAAUUUUCAUAUUUCUGAUAAAUUUAGAAUAAUGUCAUGUACAUUUGUAUAUUCUCAACAAUGCAACUAUUCAAAUGAAUGCAAACAUGGUGUGCGGGUUACAAUAUCUGAAACUUUAAUAAAUGUCAUAUCAUUUCUGAGUGACAGAAAACUUCGACAAAUCAUGUGAAUUACUUUUACUUCCGUUUAUAUUUGUAGCAUCCCUAUCUAACUGAGAAAUGUUUUGAGAUAUCAAAAUUUUCAGUUUUUCCUCCAAGCUUAUCUAAUGUAUUAUUUUGUUAUGUGUUAUAUGUUGUAUUAUGUAAAUCAUUCAUUUUUAUGGUGGUUUUAUUUUCAGUAACAUUGUGGGUACACAUAAUUUAUCGAUUCAUACAUCCGUGAACUGUUAAAUUCACAAUUUUCAAGUUUAUUUAUUGAGCUAUAUUUAUCCACAAAAUCAAGUGUCCAUAAAAACGAUUCUUUGGAUAAACCACGAAAAUUGAAUCCCACAAAAAUAGAUGAUUUUACAGUAUUUGUUGAUUAUUAUAUUUUUAUAUAGGUACAUGUAUUAUUAAUUUUUUCCUGCUCCUUUAGAUGAACUUCAAUGAUUAUGUAAACAAAAACAAAAACAAAAAAAAACUGUCAACCAGUUGGUUUAAUGUCAAAGCAUAUUUCAAAAGUUUUGUUGAGUUGUUUUUACUUUUGUUUGACACCCUGACUAUUUUUAAAGUAUAUUGCUACUAUAGCUGCCUCCAUGCGAUUUUUGUACAUUUACCUGUUUAAAAGGGCAACAUGGUGAAAACGAUUUUUUU